CGCACCAUACGUUCAUUGGCGCGUUAAAGCUUCUUGAUUACGUAAAAGGAAAUUAUUGGCAAAAGGAAAAUAUAAAUAAUCGUCUUCACAUUUUGCUGUGCUGUCGGCUGAAUUUUUUUGAGCUGCGCGCGGUUUUUCACCUACUGGUGAAAAGUGAAACUUGAGGACAUAGGGGAGGAGUAGCCUGCCUUGUCCGUUUCCUAAAAACACAUUUCCCGUCCUGUCGUGACCAUUUACAAUUGGCUGUGGUUCAGAUUUACCUGAUUUAGGCACCGGUAUAUACAAGUCCUCACUGGUUACUGAAGUUAACUGGAUGGAAUCGGAACCACUUCUUGCUGGAAGCAUUAACUACGGCUCCCAACCUAACAACAAUGAUCCCAUCUUCAAGGGAUCAACAACGACGAAACGUCUGUCCUACUCGGUGUCUGCUGAGUCCUGCUGUGUCGAGGGGGAUGACGAGGACCUCUACCUCCAGCAAGCUAUUGUGUUUAUUGAGGAUGCCAUACAGUACCGAUCCAUCAACCAUAGGGUGGACCCAAGUUCGUUACGGUUGUACCGGUGGUACUACUCCAGGAUAUGGCAAUGGGGGCUGGGCCUAACUAUUGCGUUGGUGUUGAUGCUGGCCUUCGUCGAGAGGCCCUCGUCCCUCUCUUACACGUCAGACCCCCGUUUCAGAACUCCCCCUUGGGAGCCCCCCUGUGGCCUGACCGAGGGCAUUGAGAUCGUCUGCCUCAUCAUCUUCACCAUCGACUUCGCCACUAAGAGCUAUUUGAUCGGUUGGGAGGAGUUCAGGAAAUGUCUGUGGUUGAUUUUCUAUAUCGUGGUCAUCUCGGCGUCGAUAAUUGAUUGGACUUUGUCAUUGAGUAUGGAGUGUGAUGAGAGCUUACGAGUUAGGAGACUCAUCCGGCCGUUCUUCCUCCUCCAAAACUCAUCGUUGAUGAAGAAAACAUUAAAGUGCAUCAAGAGAACCCUCCCAGAGAUAGCCAGUGUUUUCCUGCUCCUGGCUCUUCACUUAUGCCUGUUCACCAUGAUUGGCAUGCUGCUCUUUGCUAAAGGAGAGGACCCGGACCGCAAUGGGGAGUGGCAGACCUACUUCAGAGAUCUGCCCACAUCUCUGUCCUCCCUUCUGGUGCUCCUCACCACGGCCAAUAACCCUGAUGUGAUGAUUCCGGCAUAUUCCAUAAACCGUGGAUACUCCAUCUUCUUCAUCCUCUUUAGCGGUUUUGGAACAUAUUUCUUGAUGAAUUUACUGACUGCCAUCAUUUACAACCAGUUUAGAGGAUACUUGCUGAUGUCUAUCCAGGCAUCCAUUCUGAGGCGACGACUGGGCAUAAGAGCUGCCUUCGAGGUCCUGUCUUGUGAAGGGCGUGGCAAGGACGGCUCGCAUUUAGAGAAACAUCUAGAACGCGUGCGGGUGGAUGCGGUGCUACAGAUGAUGGCGAGGGUCCAAAUGAAGUCCUACUGCAGACAUGCCAUCAUCAAGAAAGUGCAGCAGUUCACUGACGGCUAUAUUCAGUGGGACGACUUCCGCAGGCUGUUCGACGAGCUGGACAAGGACCCGGUCAAAGAGCACCCUCCAAAGCCGGAGUACGGAUCCCCGAUUCUCCAGAGGCUCCAGACGGUGUUCAGUCAUCCCUACAUCACCGUGGUGGGCAACGCCGUAGCCCUGGGCAACGUCAUGUGCAUCUGUACCGUACUGAUGCUGGACUCGGAGAAGUCUGUCGGCAUCCGGGACGACUACUACAUGGAAGUCAUCAACUUGUUCUUCACUCUGUACUACCUGCUGGAGAUGAGUCUGAAGAUGUUUGCCUUCGGCUGCAGAGGUUACCUCUCUUACAGAAACAACAUCUUUGACGGCCUUCUAACGAUUUGCCUUCUGAUUGUUCAGAUCAUCAUUUUUGCUACCUACGGAUUUCCACAUCCUAAAUGGAACCCAGCCUCAUAUGGUCUGCUGUCUCUUUGGGAGAUGGUCCGUCUUGUCAACAUGCUCAUCGUUUUUCGCUUCCUCCGCAUAAUCCCCGAUAUCAAGUUGAUGGCCCUUGUAGCAAGUACUUUGGUUGACCUGGUAAAAAACCUCCGGGCUUUUGCUGGAAUACUGGUGGUGGUUUUCUAUGUGUUUGCUGUCUUCGGCAUCUGGCUGUUCCAGGGUGCCAUUUCUGCCCCCGGGAAGAUGAGUGAGGUCUCCAAUUCCAGUAUGGAGAACGUCACCAUCAACUUCACCAUGGAGUGUGGUUCCUACGAGCAGCUUGGCUACUGGCCGAACAACUUUGACGACUUUGCGUCUUCCCUUGUUCUCCUGUACAACGUCAUGGUGGUGAAUAACUGGCAGGUCUUCAUGGAUGCUUACAGCAGAUACACCACAGAGUGGUCCAAGGUCUACUUUGUAUCCUGGUGGCUUACCUCCUCUGUCAUGUGGGUCAACUUGUUUGUUGCUCUCAUCUUGGAGAACUUCAUCUACAAGUGGGACCGGAGUGUCACGUGUCCGGUUGAGGACAUCGAGUGGACCGGUUAUGAGUCCACAGUCCAACUGAUGUUCAGAGAACACAUUCAGGAGCCUACAGAGGAGGAGCUGCUGUCCCAACUACACCAGCACCCUCACCUGAAUCUCACCGGAUGAACCCCCCACACAUCCCUAUACUAUCCACACAGGCUUUUAACACUCCAAACUUAAUGGGGUCUUUAACUGCCAACAUGCCUUGGCUGUUUGAAUGGCAGGGACUCACAAGCACAGAUGGGCCAUAUUGUUCUGGUCCUCUUGAUUCUGAUUAGACACAUCUUGUAUGUUUUGGCAUUCAGACCACUGAACCAGCCUCGGUGCCUUACUUAAAGCGACUUAUUUUGUUUCAUCUUAAUGUUAGUGUUUUACAGUCUGGUCAUUGUAUUCGUUGUGUGGUAUCAGGAAACAAAGCGCACUAAUGUUCUUAAUUAAAUGAUUUAAUGGUGAGUAAAAAGGGAAAAAGACUAGGUUUAAUGAAUUACAUGUACUGAAGGCUGUUUCUGUAACUGUAUGCUUUGCAAUGUAAAUAGGGAAAUGUAUAAAAAAAAAAAAAAAAAUAUGGGGGGAGGAACAUGGAUUGCAUUUUAAGUUUGUCUUAAGCUAAAUGUAAAGCUAAUAUUUGUACAAAAUGAUUAAAUACAUUCAGCAUGGCUGGUAAAAAUUUGCUUAAAUAAAUGUGUUCAAAAUUUUAUUUUAA